UGAGUUCUUUCUCACACUGACUCAAUUUCUCUUCUCCCAUUCCCAUCAACUCUGCCAAAACAAUGACAAAACAAACUGCGCAGGCAUGCGUAGUCGCGGUUACUUCCUUCUAUCUAUUCAUGAAGCUAACCCCAUCCAUUCCUCAACCUCAGACCUACCAUGAUUUCGCUGACAAACGCGAAUUCUUAGGCAUUCCCAAUGCAUUUAAUGUGAUAUCAAAUUUCCCUUUCAUGGUUAUUGGUCUCAUUGGCCUUAUGCUUUGUCAUCAUAGGAACUAUUUUAACUUCAGUUUGCAAGGUGAGUUAUGGGGUUGGACAUGUUUUUAUGUGGCUGUGACUUCAGUAGCUUUUGGGUCUUCAUAUUAUCAUCUAGGACCAAAUGAUAAUGGCCUUGUGUUUGACAGGUUGCCUAUGACUGUUGCUUUCGCUUCACUGGUGGCAAUCCUCAUCAUUGAAAGGAUUGAUGCAAAGAAAGGAACGCUUUCGAUUAUUCCUCUUAUUAUGGCUGGUAUAACAAGUAGUGUGUAUUGGAGGUUCUUUGGUGACAUCCGUCCUUAUCUUCUGGUCCAAACUGUAUCAUGCAUUGCCAUACCUCUUAUGGCCAUUUUGUUGCCUCCAAUGUAUACACAUUCAACGUAUUGGCUAUUGGCUGCAGGAUUUUACCCUCUAGCUAUGCUGCAAGAGACUGCCGAUAGAUUGAUUUUUGCAGCAACUUUUCAUACUGUCAGUGGUCACACACUUAAGCAUUUGUCUGCUGCAAUGGUUCCUCUCAUCUUAACAGUAAUGCUUGCAAAGAGGAGGCCUUUGCAUGCAAAAUCUGCUUAAUGCAUGCAUUUCUUGGACAAAGGUCAAUGAAGGCAUCUGAUCUCAAUGUGCAGUUUUUGGAGUCUCACUAAUGUCAUCUCUUCUCACCCUCUAAUGUCAUCUCUUCUCACCCAAUAAAAGGAUGUGGAAAAAAUAGAAGGGUUAAGCUACUAAGGGUAACUUUGCGGUAAAUAGUUUGGUUCGUCUUUUUAGCUAAGGGUAGCUCUGUGGUAAAUAGUUUGGUUUGUCUUUUUAGAUUAUGAGCUCAAACCUUCUGGGCUUUAGUUGCACUGAAAAUGAAAAUGAAGAAAGGUGAAUAAAAAUCACCAAACAGGACAAAUCACACCCACGCUGCUUUCACCAUAAAAAGCUUCUUGAUAGUAUAGUUCUUGAUCUUCAAAUUAUAUCUAGCACUAUUAAAAUAGAGUGAAGAGACUCAUUUAGUUGGUGUUCCAUGAUUUGUAAGGAAAAAACUUGCUGAGCAAGCUAUUGCAACUCUCAAAAUUUAAAGAGAUAGGAAUUAAAAUUAAGAGUUAAUGGUCUUUUUUUUGUCAUGUAAGAUUAUUUCACUUUCA